AUGGCCUCUCAUCCCGAGUCCCCCGUCAACGCACACACUGCAGCGCCCUCGCCGCCGCAACCUGGCCCCGUCGAACCGCAGCAACAGCAGCCCGCGCCUCCGCAGUCGCCACCCUCCAUGACCGCCCCCACCGUUGCUCAACCCGCAGCAUGCACGGAUGCUACGGUGCCCCAGAUCCUCCAGGUGGGCGUGCCGAUGCUCAAGGUGUCGACGAAGAAGCAGAAGCGGUACGUCUUCCGCCUCGAUGCCGACGAGGGGCAGAUCGUCUGGGAGUCCAAGAAGAUGCGCUUCAUCCCAAUCGACAACAUCAAGGAGUUCCGCUCCGGCGCCGCCGCACGGUACGACCGCGAGCAGCUCCAGAUCUCGGCCGAGUACGAGGACCGCUGGCUUACCGUCAUCUACACCCUCGAUGGAGGCUACAAGACCCUCCACCUCGUCGCGGCUACUCGCGACAUCUUCGCUGCGUGGGAUUCGACUCUCCGCCGCCUUUAUGCGAUCCGUCAAGAACUCAUGAGGGGUACUGGUGGUGCGGACAUCAGCAACGCGGUUUGGGAGAAACAAUUCUGGAAAGGUGCAGAUACGGAGCAGGACCAGAAGCUUGAGUUCGACAAUGUGGAGAAGUUGUGUAGGCGGCUGAGCAUCAACCCCUCGCGCGAGGAUCUCAUGAGGAGAUUCAAGCAAGCCGACUCGCAAAACCGAGGCUACCUCGACUUCGACGAUUUUAAGAAGUUUGUCAAGUCGCUCAAGGCCCGUCCCGAGCUUGAUCGUCUCUUCAAGAAGAUCGCGAACGGAGACUCUACGAUGUCUUUCGACGCCUUCGAGAAAUUCAUGCGUGAGAUGCAGAAGUCUGAUAUCAGCAAAGAGCAACUGGAGCAGUUAUUCCUUCGCUACGCCGUCCCCAAGCCGAACAAGCCUUGUGGAUCUCCCCCUCAGACCUCCCUGGAUCUCGCCAUGAAGUCGGUGUCUAUUCAAGACAAGCUCGCUUCACUUGCUCCAGCUUCUGCGACUGAGGCGACGCUAGUAGUCCCCGAACCGCUUACUGUCGAGACGGCCAAGAUGACUCUGAGCAACUUCACCGCGUUCCUCUUGUCCGCCGACAACUCAGCGUUCGCCGACCAGUACGCCGGUGUCCACCACGACAUGACACGUCCGCUUCCAGAGUACUUCAUCUCCUCGUCGCAUAAUACAUACCUCGUCGGGAACCAGCUUGUUGGGGAGAGCACGGUCGAAGGCUACAUUCGCGCACUCCUCCACUCCUGCCGAAGUGUCGAACUGGACAUCUACGAUGGCGAAACAGAGCCGGUCGUGUACCACGGCCGCACGUGGACCUCGAAGGUUUCGGUCCGCGACGUCUGCAUUGCGAUUUCCAAGUACGCAUUCAUGGCCUCGCCUUACCCCAUCAUCAUUUCCGCCGAGAUCCACUGUGGAGUUACACAACAAGCUAUGCUCGUCAACAUCAUGAAGGAGGUAUUUGGCCCGGCACUCGUCAUCGCACCACCAGAAGGCCGUCCCAAGAUUGAGGUUCUUCCUAGUCCGGAGGAACUCAAGGGCCGUGUUCUGCUCAAGACGAAGGACCUGUUCGUCGUUGCGGAACAACAAGGCGCUACAACCGUUGUCGCGACGGCGGAUGCGGAAUCGGACACCUCGACCACGACUGAGUCAUCUUCGGAGUCGGAGGCCGCGCACGUCACGCAUGAGGUUAAGGCAGAGUGGCGCAAGGCACGGGAGAACGAGGCCGAGCUCAUCAAGGACCUCAAGUCGGAGUUCAAGAAGGCCAAGGGCAAGCUGAGCCGGAUGCGCUCGCCCAAGCCAGUCUCCCCGCCUCCACCCGGCGCCGCACCUGGGGCCCCCGCGUCGCCCAAGGUGAAGAUGUCGAUGGAGCUCGUCGGGCUUCUGGUGUACACCGUUGGUGUCAAGUGCCGUGGGUUGAACAAGAAGGAGGAGUACGCGCCUGAGCACAUGUUCUCACUCUCCGAGAGCACGGCCAACAAGCUCAUUAAGCAGGCGAUGGUCGACCUCAUCAAGCACAACCGCACCCACCUCGUCCGGACAUAUCCCAAGGGAACACGAAUUGGAUCCACGAACUACGAGCCCCACCGUUUCUGGUCUGCGGGGUGCCAGCUCGUCGCGCUCAACUGGCAGACGUUCGAUCUCGGAUACAUGAUCAACCACGCGAUGUUCCAACGCAACGGCCGCGCGGGAUACGUGCUCAAGCCGUCCGCGCUGCGCGUGCCAGACAAGGCGCUCCUCUCGCAACGCACCCAGCACCUGCUCAACAUCACCGUCAUCUCCGCACAACAGCUCCCACGCCCGAAGGACUCGCAGGGGCGCGAGAUCGUCGACAAGACGAUCAUCGACCCGUACGUCGAGGUCUCGAUCCACAUCCCCGACUGGACGCACUCGCCUUUCCUCCCGGCCACCGCGGGCGCGACCGGCGGGUCCUCCGCUGAGUACUCGGCCCCGCAGGCAGGCGGAACGGUCGCCGCGACUUCGGCGCGCACGGUGACCUGCAAGACCGGGGUGGUCAAGAACAACGGGUUCAACCCGGUGUGGGAGCAGGCGCUCUGCCUCCCGUUCGACCUCGUCGGGGACAUGCGCGACCUCGUGUUCGUCCGCUUCGCGGUCAAGCAGGAGGACGAGGAGAAGAACGAGCCGCUCGCGGUGUACUGCGUCAGCCUCGGGAGCCUCAACGUCGGCUACCGCCACCUGCCGCUGCACGACGCGCAGCUCUCGCAGUACCUCUUCUCCUCGCUCUUCGUCAAGAUCGAGAUCGCCUCCCCGUGA